AGCUCUGCCGCUCCUCUCGCUCGGCCCGGCCCGGCUCCGCUCGGCUCGGCUCGGCUCCGCCCGGCUCCGUUCGGUUCGGCUCCGCUCGGCUUUGCUCGGCCCGGCCCGGUCCUGCCCUGCCGGCAGCAGCCAUGCACACUGCGCUGCUCGGCCUCCUGGGGCUGGCGCUGCUCGGGGCUCUGCGCGCCCAGGACACCAUCCCCGUGCAGACCGGCUUCCAGCAGGAGAAGCUCACAGGGAAGUGGUUCAGCAUCGGCCUGGCCUCCAACUCUAGCUGGUUCAAGGAGAAGAAGCACCUGAUGAAGAUGUGCACCACGGUCAUCUCUGAGACCGCAGAUGGGAGCCUGGAAGUCAACUCCACCUACCCCAAGGGUGACCAGUGUGAGAAGAGGAACAGCCUUUACACUAGGACAGAGCAGCCGGGGCGGUUCAGCUACACCAGCCCACGCUGGGGCAGCAAGCAUAACAUCCAUGUGGUGGAGACCAACUAUGAGGAGUACGCCCUGCUGGCCACCCAGAUCUCCAAGAGCACCGGCCCCUCCACCAUGGUGCUGCUCUACAGCCGCACAAAGGAGCUCGGUCCUGAGCGCCUGGAGAGGUUCACCCAGUUCUCCAAGGAGCAGGGCCUGACGGACGAGGAGAUCCUCAUCCUGCCCAGCACGGACAAAUGCAUGGCAGAUGCUGCCUAGACAGACCCACCAGCUGCCGCCGGCUGGAGCCUUGAGAGCACCAUGAGCUGGUGGCUGCCUCGUUCCCCCCGCCAUGCCCAGGACCCCCCAACACUGCAGCAGCCCCCUCUCCCUGGCUUCACACCCACACCUGUACCCCCACCCCAUUAAAGCCUGUAUAAAACCA